UUUAUAACGUCAUUGGUUACCCCGGAAAAUGUCAGCUGUGAAACCGGAAAUUCAUUUUGUUGUCAGUCGGAUAGUUUUGUGUGUUUGAGCGUUUGUUGUUUAUACCGAGCACUCAAUUUUUCCAGUAGCCGUCCCUUCAGUCUUUUGAUCUGCGAUAAUAGUAAAAACACUAAAUCUAUUCUACUGGAUAUCUUAUUUUAAAUAACGCGUUUUUUUUUUUCUUCAGCCAGGCAAAAGACUGCGCUAAUAUUAGCCUAGCAUUUGCGGAAUUCUUGCUAGCGUUUUUGCCAGCUCGUCGCAUAUCUACUCACUUUUUCCGAAUAAACCGUGAACUACACACAAUGGCGGUAGUCAACGAAGGUGCCCUGAAGAAAAUGUUGAAGCAAUACAAAUACAGGGACCUGAGUGUUCAAGAAAUCACCAAUGUCAUUUCUCAGUACAAAGACUUGAAGCCUGUAAUGGACGGCUAUGUGUUCAAUGAUGGCUCUACAAGGGACCUGAUGAGUUUAACAGGAACAGUACCUGUAAGCUAUAAAGGCAAUGUCUACAACAUCCCAGUGUGUCUUUGGUUGCUGGACACCUACCCAUUCAACCCUCCAAUUUGUUUUGUUAAACCUACCAGCACAAUGAUGAUCAAAACUGGUAAACAUAUUGAUGCCAAUGGAAAAAUUUAUCUACCAUAUCUACACGAGUGGAAACAUCCUCAGUCAGACCUGUAUGGUCUCAUUCAGGUAAUGAUUGUGGUGUUUGGAGAAGAGCCUCCAGUGUUUUCUCGCCCUAUCACACAAGCACCUUACCAGGCCUUCCAAGCUGCUGGACCUCCUAAUCCUUCUUAUGUACCUGGCAUGCCUGCAGUUUUACCUUAUGGCCCAAGUCCUAAUGCAGGAGGUUAUCCAGGUUAUCAAUACCCAGGGGGCAACUCCUACCCAGCUACAUCUGGUCCAACACACUACCCCACCCAAACUCCUGUGUCUACAGUGGGCUCCAACAGAGACGGAACCAUAGGUGAGGACACCAUCCGUGCAUCGCUGAUAUCUGCUGUUAGCGAUAAGCUUCGCUGGAGAAUGAAGGAGGAAAUGGACAGGGCCCAGGCUGAGUUGGAUGCCCUCAAACGAACAGAAGAAGACCUCAAAAAGGGCCAUCAGAAACUGGAGGACAUGAUCUUAAGAUUGGACAGUGAAGUGGCUGAUGUCGACAGAAACAUUGAGCUGCUGAAGCGCAAAGACGAGGAACUGAGCGAGGCCCUGGAGAAGAUGGAGAACCAGUCGGAGAACAACAACAUUGAUGAUAUCAUUGUGCCGACGGCCCCCCUGUACAAACAAAUUCUCAACCUGUACGCUGAAGAAAACGCAAUUGAGGACACCAUCUUCUACCUAGGAGAGGCUCUUCGCAGAGGAGUUAUAGACCUAGAGGUUUUUCUCAAGCACGUCCGCAUUUUGUCCAGAAAGCAGUUCCAGCUCCGCGCCCUCAUGCAGAAAGCCCGUAAGACUGCUGGCCUCAGUGACCUCUACUGAGUGACACUAGCAGAAAAACGGACAUGUCUUCAGGUCCUCUGGUUCUCUGUCCUCUCCCUCUUUCUUGGAUCCAGUCUUUAUUGGGUCACUGGGCAGUUUCAAUGUUCCUAAGAUUUGUUCAUUGACCUUGUUUAAACCAAAUGCUUGAGAGUUUUUCUAAACAAACAUACACAUUAAAGCUGUAACGAUACGAGAAUUCACGAUACGAUUUGAAUUGCGAUUCUUGAUCCACAAUUCGAUACACAAAAUGAUUUUUUUAAUGUGAAAAAAUAUUUAAAUUUCAUUAAUACUCACAUUUUACGAGGAAAAAAAUCAUCUGCAAAUUUAACACUAAUUAAUACACAAUAUAAACAAAUAAAUGAACAAUUCUCUCACCCACUCUCCCAAAAUAAUAAUAAUGAUGAUAUAUAUUUUUGUGGGGGGUUGCUUUCAUCGAAAAAUAAAGUAGGAGGGAAAAAAAAAAAACAGUUUGGCAGCUCAAAACUUGUUUUGCUGAUUUAAAAAUACUUUUUUCCAUCUUCUAAAAAAUAUGAAUGAACAAAUUAACCUCUGUCAGUGAAAAUGUCUCAAAUACCUGCAUAAACUAUGUAGCACACAUAAGUAGUUUUAAUGAAUACCUUUUUUUCUAAGUGAUUAUAGCACAUGUUGCAGACAAAUACAACAUGGGGCUUUAGGCUUUAUACAAAGUCACUUACUACGAUUAUUGACUUGAUUUUGACAAUGUUCGAGCGAUGGACGUCUUCACUUUUCUGUAAUGUUAACUAUGUGAAAUAAUUCCUCCUUUUUUGCCCUUUGUGUCAGUGCAUACAUACUGCUUAAAGCAGACCGGGGAAUUAUGCUGCCGCAGGUCUUAAACAGGGAUUUUUUUCAAUUUAAUUUUAAGCAUACUUUGGAGCUAACUUUUGUUCACUCUCUAACAUUGGAACUCAAACAAAUUUUAGACCGUUACACCGCUGUCUGCCUGUCCGCCCCAUGAGUCCGCGACAGGAAAAUCUUCUCAAGGCAGACUCUCUUAUGAAGGCAGAAGUAGUUGCCGAAACAUGUCAGGUAAUUAAAACAACCUAAAAAAAAUAGUCUUGGAUAAAUGAAAAAUUCAACUGUUCUCAAGACAGAGUUGACGUUUAUCACUUGUCAGCAACGAAACGAAUGGGCAAAUUUACAUGCGAAUGGAUGAGAUAUAUAAUGACAUUGGGAAGUGACACUCGAGGGUCUCUUUCAGGCUCGCUCCAUCUUCCUCUUUCAUGCUCUCUGCCAGCUGUUUUAUCCCUUCGUCUGGCUGUAAGACUUAACGUUUUUGCAAUCUCACAGGUCAUUUUCAAUGUCUCAGUUAGUCUUUCUGCAAGUAACCCGCAGAUGCGAAUAUUUGCACAAGAUGAAACUUCAUGAACAACCACAAUGGGAGUAAAGUAUACAGUCAUGUGAAAACAUUAGGACACCCUAUGGAAGCCUGUGUAUUUUCUAACAUAUUUGGUCAUAUGGAUAUUUAAUAGCAAUUGUAACAAUCUUGAGAGAUUCAAGUAAUAGUGCCAAACAAUUAAAACUGAAGAAAAGAUUUUCUAAAACUCUCUGUAAAAUGUAAUUUUAAAUAAAUUUAAUUUCUGUUGAAUAAAUUAGAAAACCCCCACAUUCAAUCCCACUUAAAAACACUAAAAUGACACACAGGGGUAUCGCAACAGGUGCAUUAGAACAUCAUUACCCAGUAUUUUGAAGGAGGCUUGCCUUAUUUAAACCUCACAUUUAGUUUAGUGUGCCCCUGACUGUUGGUGAGAUCAAAGGAGCUGUCUGAGGCCUUCAGAAAGAAGAUUUUAGACACUUAUGAGUCUGUUAAACAGAGAUUUCAAAAGAUCUCAUAAGAAUAUAAAAUCAGCCAUUCCACUGUCCGGAAAAAAAGUCUACAAGUGGAGGACAUUCAAAACAACUGCCAACAUGCCCAGGUCUGGCCGUCUAAGCAGGUUCACCCUGAGUGCAGACCUCAAGAUGCUAACACUAGCUAUUAGGUGGUAGGGUGUAAAUUUUUCCUCAGAAUAUGCAUUUAUGUUGAUAUAUUUGGUUUAAUGUAAAUGAGUAAAACAAUGUUAAUCUUUUCUUGUGUACCUGCAAUUAAAUCACUUUCUUUUCCAGGGAUAGAGAAAAACAAUUUCAGAUAUUGACAUUUGAACAUUUUUUCAUAAAGAACUGAUAUUUAAUGGGGUGUCCUAAUUUUUUCACAUUACUGUAUACAGCAAAACUCCCAUGUGACACAUUAAAACUGUUCAGACCAUAAGGAAACUCAGAUUUCUAUGUGUCCAAACAGCUGAAGGACGGGUGUUAAAGAUAUGAACAUUUGGUUUGGGCUUGAAGGUGUGGCAUGGUUCUGUUGUGGCACACCACGGUAAAGGAUCGUGACUCUGAGUAUUGCGAUUUCGGUUUUGAUAAGCGUAUCGUUACGGCCUUAAUACACAUACAGGUACAUGGGCUAUCUAUUAGCCAGGCCGCCUUGGUUGUUAAAUAAGCACAAAGUGUCGGGGGUUCUUGGUUAAGACACCUCCCUGAUCAUGAAAAGGUUUAGUUCUGAUAUAAAUACCGAAAGUGGUUAACCUUAAGAACACCCUUGAUUUCGUGCUGCAUGCAGCCUGAGCCACCCACAUUAAAAAGUUUUGUUUCUGUUAUGGUUAUGUUUUACUCAAUGAGUCUGUAUUGUUUUUCACUAUCGUGUUUGGUCUCUUCUCUUGCGACUUUGAUUUUACAUGUCAGCUGCUCAGGUUAGCCCUCAAAUUUUACUGUUUGGCUGCAUUACCCAAUCAUGUACAGUAGCUCUUCUACCCUAUCUAUAUUAUCUCUCUUGAUGACAUUUUUACAAAGGGCAUCUACUAUUUUUAUUUCUGCUGCCCACUGUCAUUUUUGGUGAGAUGUUAGUUGUCUGUAUAAAACAUUUUUUGUAAGGGUUUUGAGCAUUAUUGGGUACUAAUGAGACUAUUGUACUAAUCCAAUGUUAAGUUAUGACAACACCCUUCAUUUAACUAGCCUUCUACUAAAUGCACUUUGAAAUGUAUCAUAGAAUAUCUGCUGUUGUUUUUUGUUUCCAAUUAAACCAUUGAUCAUCUUUUGUAUGUGUAGAUUUAUGUAAAUCGUUCAAUUAAAAACAUCUGGUUUGAUGGAAACCUGAUGCAAGAUUUUU